AUUUCCCUUUUAAUUCUUAUUUUUUGUUUUUGUUCCAUGUCCUUCGCUCAUCAAAGCGAAAACCUGUAGCACACUUCCGAUAAGUCUCUCCGUAAUAUACGACUUCGAUCACAUUCGUCAAACAUUUCGACCUUUCUUGUCAUUAGCUCAGUUUUCCAAUACAGCUUAAGUUAACGCCCUUAUACGUUCCAAGUAUAACGGACGACGGAUUCAAUAUUUCAUAAAAUCAAUUAUUCUUGCUUCUGUAUUACAACAAAUAAACCUACGAUUAUCUACAACCACUUUAUAAGCCGCUUUCGCCUGUUUGAAUAGAGCAAAUUCAAUCAAUACGAACACCUGAAAACAGUACAUCAACGGUAGCCAUGACAAAUCAAAUUCCUAAAAGUGUGUUAUCCCAGAAGAGCAAGUCGAACUCCAGUCGUUUACCUUCAGACUCGAAAAUUCCCAUUAGGUCCAGUAGCACAUUGUCUAACAACUUCGAUAUUUCGAAAAAUAGAAAGUCAUUGUCUACAGUUAUUAAAAAAGCAGCACCCGGAAAACGGUUACUGCCCAAGAAAGCAAUGACAAAUAACUUAUCCUCCUUGAAGAUGCCGCUACUUACCAAGCCACCAUCAAAUAUAUCCAGGUUCGAAGAGCUAAGCAAACCUUUGCAAGAAGUAACAAGUGCGUCGUUGAAGAAAAACACUUUCAACGAAACCAGCAAUGUGGCACAAGACCUAAACCAUCAUCAGAAGAAUCUGAAUAUGGUGCACGCUGAGGUCACUCAUUACCAGGAAAUGAAAAACGACAUUGAACAAGAACUGUUUCUUAAGAAUAACCAUCUCAAUGAGGCACGUGCAAAAAUUGAACAACUACAGCAAGAAAUGAAGACUAAAAGUGAAGCGUACAAGGACGGCAUCAGAAGACUGCAUAAUAAAUUUCAGCGAGAAAACAAUGAAUUACUACAUCGUUAUAAAGCUACAAAAGAUGCAUACAAUCAAUACGAGUUGGUUGUUGAAGAGAAGAAAGCAGUUAUCAGCGAAGCACUUCAAAUAUAUGAAGAGGAAACGAAAGAAUAUACAGCUUUAUUAGCUAAAAAGAGAGAAUACGAAAAAUCGUAUGCAAACGCAGAUGAGUAUUUAGCCCAAAAGAAACAGAGAAUUGAUCAGCAAAAAUCUGCCAUCUCCAAAGCAGAAGAUUCCCUUCUCACUAUCUCCAGAAAAUUGCAACAGAUAGAUAAUAAUGUUGAUCGAGCGGAAGGCACUUUACUUACAAAUGAAGAGAGCAGAAGAAAGGCUCAUGAUAGAGUCCAAGAGUUAAAAGGAAAUAUUCGCGUUUUUUGCCGUGUUAAACCACGAUUAAAUACUGUAACUGAUAGUAUUAAUGGCAAAUCGACAAUCGCUGAAGGAAAAAAGGUAGCUAAUACGUCAGCGGCUGAUGAAAAUGAGAAUUACAUUGCAUUUAAAUUCUUCGGUGAUGAUAACGAAGGACUCGAAUUUGACGAAAUUACAAAAUUUGGACAGACAAAAAAGCAUAUAUUUACUUACGAUCGUGUAUUUCAGCCUGAAGAAUCACAAGAGGAUUGUUUUGAAGAGAUAUCACAGCUUGUUCAAUCCGCCUUGGAUGGCUAUAAUGUGUCCAUUUUUGCUUAUGGUCAAACAGGCAGUGGUAAAACAUAUACUAUGCAAGGGCCACCAAGGUUCAACGCUGCUUCCUCAACUUCUCAAAAUAAUAGCAAUAAUAUCUUACACAGGGAUGCCGGUAUGAUCCCAAGAGCUGUACAUCAAAUAUAUGACGUUGCCAAGAAGAUGAAAAAGUUCAAUUGGGAUUACACAAUUACUGGAGAAUUCCUAGAAAUAUAUAAUGAAACAAUCCAUGAUUUAUUAGGCGAGCCUUCUGAAUAUGGCAAGAUCAAACACGACAUUAUGCUAGAUAGUAACGAAAAGAUUGCCGUUUCCAAAUUGACAUCGGUCGAUCUGCACUCGCCCGAACAAGUGCAAACUAUGUUGACGAAGGCCAUGAAAAAUCGCUCCACUGCCGCGACUAAACUGAAUCAUGCGUCUUCGCGUAGCCAUUGCGUUUUUACUUUACGUAUCACUGGUGAGAAUACGGAAACGAAAGAGACAAGACUAGGUGUAUUGAACUUGGUUGAUUUGGCUGGUUCUGAAUCUGUCAGCAAAUCAGGUUCUGAAGGAGAAAGAUUUCGUGAGGCUUCUAACAUCAACAAGAGUCUCAGUUAUCUUGGAAACGUCAUUCAAGCCCUAGCAAAGAAGUCAUCCCAUGUUCCGUACCGUGAUUCAAAAUUAACAUAUCUUUUGAAGGAUUCAUUUGGAGGCAACUGUAAAACUCUCAUGUUUGUCAAUAUAUCUCAAGAAAAACGCCACCUUAAAGAAACUUUGUUUUCAUUACGGUUUGCAACAACUGUUAAUUCCUGCAAAGUGCCUCGAGCCAAGCAGAACUAAAAACUACCCUUUAACUAAUAUUACUAGUAUUUAUUCUUACUUUUUACGUCAUUAUGUCAUACAUUUCAUAAAUAAUCUAUGGACGCAGUAUAGGCAACGUAGUGGGUGUGAGAUACGAAAUAUAGUAGUUUUUAGAAACUACUGCUGUCCCUCUGACGGAACUAUAUUUUAUGAUUCUUCUCUAUCUACAUCUGUUUCGCUCAAAAAUGAAACUAAACUUUUCAGAUUAUUGC